AUGCUAAGGUUAUCCAUUUUGCUGAAUGGCUGUUUGUGCCUUUACUUUGGCUUUUUCGCUGAAGCAAUGGAGGUUCAAAUUGAUGCCUUCACAUCAGCUCGAAUGUUCAGCUUUGUGGAACACAAGUGGUACUAUCUUGAAGCAUCAAAGCAAAUGGUAUUCAAUGUGAGCGAGUUUGCAGACUGCGCUAUGAAAUGUUUGAAGGCAGUUCCAGCAUGUUUAUCUCUGAAUGCGGCUUCUUCUCCUGACGAAGAGGGGGUAUUCUGGUGCGAGUUACUACUAAGCGACAUGUACAACAACUCAGUAAACCUUAGAGAAAACGCAAUGUCUCACCACUACUCUAAAUCGGUAAGUUAACAAUUUGACAACUGACAGCUAGAUUCACCAAGGGGCCUAAAUUCAGAUUACUACCCAUGUUCAAGUUAAGUUUAUUUAUAUGGCUUAAUGAGUCUAGAUUUUUCUCGAAGUGCUUCCAUUCCCCUUUUUAAUCUAUGAAACUUUCCUAAAGUUAGGAAAUUAGAGCGAAUAGAAGGUAUUUUGCCUCCAAACUAAAAACUUGAAAAACGUUUGCAAAGUGAGACAUUCAGCGAAGAAUCCGAUACUAAAAUCCAAUAAAAUGGAAAUUUAGGAAAUUUCUCGAAAAUUCAGCUAAUCGAGGGCGGCACAGUUUUUGGAAAUUUCUGGAAAAACAAGAAAAUCGACUCCGUUUUCAGAAUUUAUGACAUAAAUUAUGCGGCAAAUGCUUUCAAAGUUUAAAGUUUCAGUAGACCAUAUAAAAGACGAUUGUAGUUCCUGUAUGACUUAUUACUUUUAAAAUUGUUAGAAAUAUUUUACCAUUUUCUAAUAUCUUUUUGUCGGGUUUUAACUUAAUUGAUAUGUAAAAUAUUGAUUUUACAUUUUAAAUUUCAGUGAGUUUUAACGUAUUCUAUAUUACACAUCAUUUUUUUUAUUACAUUAUUUUUACUUUCAAUUCGAAGACGUUUUCUAAAAUGAUUUCUAUUCCAUGAGUGUCUUAAUCAGUUCAACACAACGACACCUGAAUAAAGUUGCUAUGUUAUGUUAAACUUUUAUGGAAGUAGUAUUCACUUAAGGCUCCCCGCCUUGAAAUUAAUUACUGAGCAGAAGUUUUGGUUACUAAUUUGGUUACUGAUACAACAAAAACUCGCGUGUAAGAACCUGUAUUUUUUUAAGUCUGGCAGAUUAAGGUUCUUGUAUUUUGAGGUUCCUAGUUAUUGGCAAUUCUUAUUGGCAGUUCUUUUAAGAACCUGUUUGACAAUUAAAAUUGCUAUGAAGAAGAUAUAGUUGUUGACUACCAGAAAAAUAUAUGAAAUAUGAUUUGGUCCUAAAUAAUCAGUUAUGUAUUUAUUCACAACUUUAACAUGAUAAGCCCAACUAGAAUGAUCGUUACAGAAUGUGUAUGUAACAUGAGAACAAGAGGUUUAUCCAGAUAAAAAGAAAUUUAAAAAACUGAAGAAAUUACUAACUAACUAACUAAAUAAAUAAAGUUAAUAAGUAUAAAAUUUCCUGCAAUACAAAAUUAAAUUUGAAAUUGCAAUCUCAAAGUUUAACUCCUUGCUUAAAACUAUCCGCUGUAACUGACACAUACGAACCUGCUGGAUCUUGCUUGUCUAAACAGGUUCUUAUAUUUUUGGGUAUUGAAAUGGCAAAUUUCUGCCAGCAGUUCUUAAACCACUUUUAAGACUUUUCCUUGCAAGCGAGUUUUUACCAGUGAGUAACUAAGUAACAUUCAUUAACAAGAGUGAGAAGUUUAUCCUCCCCUCCCCACCCAGUCAGAUUUGUGUUUAUUCUACCACUGCUUUAUUAGAAAUAAAGGUUGUUUCACUUCGUGGUUCAAACUUACAUGAAAACAAAUUGUUAUUGGUUAAAUAACGGCAAAUAACUCCUUUUAAAGUUUGUCCCACAGGCUGCGCAGGAAACUAAGAAAGCAAUCUUGUUCCGUUAUUUUUUUUUCAUGUGGGUGCAUAAAAACCAAGUUCGCUAAAAUGUUCCACAAAUUGUUUUCUUUUCUUUCUUUUUUUUUUCUUUUGUUGCUUUAUGGUUCAAAAUUUGACCUAGUUAUUUCAAUUGGUAUUCUGCUCAUUUCUUCAAAUGAAUGCAGAAAAUAAAUAAAUGAACAAAAAACCAACUAAAGUAAUUCAAAAUACUCAAAACCCGACAAAAAUAAGAUAGAAUUAACUGGGUAUAGUUAUUAGAUUUCAUUACUGUCAUGGUUUCUUUUUCAGACUCCUUGUGUGAAGAGACCCUGCCAAAAUGGCGGUGUUUGCACUCCUUUAUAUUACGACGAUAGCCACAUGUGUGAUUGUAACACAGGAUUCACUGGAAGAAACUGUGAAAUAAGUAGGCAAAACAACAGACAUUUUCUGUGUUGUUUACUGGUUUGUAAUUUAAAAAUUUUGUAGUCCUUACAUGCAACUUUAACGAUAUCUCAAGCUCAGUAAAUUUGUCCUACUUCAUUACUCAAGGGGUUUAAGGCCUGGGUCAAAGAUGUGUUCUGAGCAUAUGAAUAAUUGGCAAUAUCUCUCGCCAGGAGACCUAGAAAAAAAUUAGUUUUUCUCCCAAAGUAAAUCUUGAUAUUUUCUUGUGCCUUAACGUUUAAUUAUGGUCACGUGACAUGUCACGUGACUAAAAAGAAAAUGAAGGAAAUUCGCGAAUUGGUGGCGAAUUUACUUUGUUUCGAUAAACAAAUUGGCAUUUUUGAAAGAAGAUAAACAUACCUAACUUUCUACUUUUGGAGUGAAUGUGCGCGAAGUUUCAAACUUAAGUGUUAAAUAAUUCGAGGUUAAAUUUGGACUUAAAAAUGAUGUUUUCCCUCACAUUUUUUAUUGAAGCGUAAUGGAUGGUCAUUCCAAACGUGAAGUGUAAGAAAUAUUUAAUAUGAAUUAUAAAAAUGUUAUUUCCUGCUUUCUUUUCUUAAAUCGGCAACCAAUUCGUCGAUAAUACACGAUUUUUAGCAAAAUGGUCACGUGACUUGUUAACACAAUGUUUACACUUUAAAAUGUUAUGGACGAUGACUUCUCUAUGUGUGCCAAUUUUUGAUUCAGCGCCAUCAUGUACUCAAGUAGUUUAAGGCCUGGGACUUAAAGGCGUUUACUUGUAGAAAAUGAAUUACCGGCCAUAACUUUGGCAUAGAUGAUGGCGCUGAAUCAAAAUUUGGCACACAUGAAGAACUAAUCGUCCUUAACACAUUGUGUUGAUAAGUCCAUUUUGUUAAAAGUCGUAAAUUAAUGACCAAUUGGGGGCCGGUUUACGAAAAGAAAUCGGGAAAAGACAUUUUAUUUUUCUAAUUCACGUUAAAUAUUUCUAACACUUCACAUUUGGAAUGACCGUCCAUUGCACUUCAAUAAAAAAUUAUGAGGGAAAACAUUAUUUUAACCGCCCAAAUUUAAUCUUGAAUUAUUAAAACUUUAAUUUUAAACUUCGCGUACAUUCAUUCCAAACGUAGAAAGUUAGGCAUGUUUAUCCUCUUUCAGAAAUACCAAUUUGUUUAUCGAAACAAAGUAAAUUCGCUACCAAUUCGCCAAUUUCCCUCAGUUUCAAUUUUUGGUCACUUGACAUGUCACGUGACUAUAAUUAGACGUUAAGACACAAGAAAACCUGAAGAUUUACUUCUGGGAAAAAGUUCCUUUUUUCUAGGUCUCCUAGCGAGAGAUAUUGCCAAUUUUUCAUAUGCUCAGCACACAUCUUUGACCCAGGCCUUAAACCCCUUGAGUAUGCCGAAGUUAUAGCCAAUAAAUCAUUUUCUACAGGUAAACCCCUUAGUCCCAGGCCUUAAACUACUUGAGUAGCAUUUUUUUUUACUUUAACUUGCUUCCUCACAAGCGUUGUUUUUUAACUUCAAGGCCAACUUACGCUGUGGUUAUCAAAAAUUUAAAGAUUGAAUGACAUUUUCAUUUUUUUCGCUCUUCAGCUUUCAGUUAUUGGUUACUAGAUACAAAGUCAGUCAAUUCCACUUCAAAUCUGCAAAUAUUUGUUUGAAUGUAAACAAGUAGAAGACCAACACCAUUCUUUAUCUCGAUUUAUUCAUAAAACAGGAAGAGAAAAUGAGGAAAAUUCUUCUGAGCGUUUUCAGUCAUAUGGCCAACGGCUAUUCAAAUGUUUAGAAACAAAAGAACGCGUUUACAUGAGGAAAAAGUUUAACUCCUACGGGCCUUUUCUGGGCAACCAAAAAAGACGGCAAUGGCAAAUGUAGGUUAUAGCCAGGUGUGCAACAGCCAAAGAAAGAGAGUGUUGGAGUUGGCGCUAAUAAUUACUCACUGUUAUAAGGAAAGGAAACAAAAAAGCCUACAAUAGUUUACAUUGAAAUUAUAGUAAGAAUAAAAGGGGGUUACAAAAACGUAAAUUUCAUGGAGAAUGAAUCAUUUGAUUUAAUUGAAACCAUUACAUUCUAAAAAAUUCGACUGGCUAUUCAAAGUUGUCUCACAGACGUCAUUAGAGAAGUAAUAGUUAAAGAAGAGUUAGAGAGACUAUGCUUUUUAAAAAUUUAAAUAGAGAGUCGUUGUAAAUUCCUACUUAUCGAUAAUGACAUUUUGCGACAUUUCUUGAAAAUGAUGUCGAUAGAAACAUAUACAGCUAUUCCGAGAAAGGUUAGCCGAAAAAGUGUACGCCACAAUCGCGAAAGGUAUUGUGGGUGGUAUUGAUUUCACUGUUCUUUAAAGAAAUUUGAAAGAAUGGCACGGAAGGCCAUAGACGAAUGUUUGAGAAUGCUAAAGGAAAGCAACAAUAGAGGAUUUGACACCGCUACAGUGUCAGCAACUGCGUAUUGAUCAUAUCCCAUAUUACUUUUCGGGAUUGUCGCGCGCACAUUGUUUCCGACAACCUUUUUUAAAAUAGUUAAACUUGGGGGAAAUUGAUCGGCCACCUUUGACUGCAAAACGAGGUAAACGAUUUCUGUAUUUAGGUGCUUUUUAAGUGCUAUAUUUAUUUUAGAUUUUCUCAUCUCUUCCUUCACUUAGACAUUGAUGACUGUAUACCAUAUCCGUGUAGCAAUGGCGCAACAUGUGAAGACCAAGUAAACAACUACACUUGCACUUGCAUAGUCGGCUUUUACGGAAGGCACUGUACCAUUAGUAAGUAAAACACCAGAAAAGCACAGUCCAUACAUCACUUUAUCUGUAAAUAAACAAAACAAAAAUACAUAUUGAUGCAUAUGUCUGUUUAAUAUUUUGAAUGCGCCCGGUUUUUUCAGUCCACUUCUUGGCAUCUCAGUCGGAUGAAUCACAUCGUCGAGUAUGAUUUUUAUCAAUCUAUGCACCUUCGACAGAGAACCAGAGAACAAUCUUUUGUAUAAAAGUGUGCUUCUUUUCGUUAGAUCCAGACGAUUGUGCUUCCAGCCCGUGUCAAUACGGAGGAGCUUGCACAGAUAGUCUGGAUGACUACUCCUGCGCAUGCCCAGCUGGAACUACAGGGAAAUCUUGCGAAAUCAGUAAGUGAAUAUGUGUGCUUAAAAGGUUUACGUUUGGGACUCGAUUUCUAUUCGUUGCUGUCGUCUUCGUCGUCUUCUUCUUCGAUCUUCCUUUUCUUCUCUAAUUCUUCUUCUUGUUCUCGUUCUUCUUCAUUUUCUUUUUAUAAUUAUUAUUAUUACUAAAGAUAGGAUAGGAACUACAAGAGAUUUCUAACUUUCUUUAGUGCAAGGAUAAUCUUUAAGAGUUAUAACGAUAUCAUGGAUAAAAGUCAGUUUAUUUAUUGCGUUAUGUUGCUUUUCUCAGAUUUUAACGACUGUUUUCCAAACCCGUGUGUAAACGGCGCGACAUGUACGGACGAAUUAAAUGACUAUAGCUGCACAUGCGUAGCCGGAUACGGAGGGAAAAACUGCAGCAUCGGUGAGUGUUUAUUAUAGAAUUAAGUGAGUAAUCUUAUAGUAAUGUUUUCUGAGGAAAGGGGGGAGAUUGACUUUAAAUGAAAAAGAUAAAAGGAAAAAUUAUGUGUAAUAUACGAAACGUUCACGAAUUUAGUAUCACUUCGAAGACAUUAAUGGUGGGGAGUGUCUGUCCCGAAAGUUGGGAGCUAUAGGUGAAAUGAAACCGGCAGAUUUUAUAAACCUUAUUGUCAAAUAGUCCAAAAACCUGGCGAACAUUUAACAUUAAAUUAACAAUUAGUUCAUGCGUCUGCCGCGAGCGUAGAUCGAGAUAUUCUGAGCACGCGGGAAGUUUGGAGAGCACGAAAGAGGCAUAAGAGUUGCUCGAUGCGCAGCCCAGAGCAACUCUAGCCUCUUUAAUUUAGUGCUCUCCAAACUUCCCAAGUGCUCAAUAUCUCGACUUACGCACAGCUGAAGCAGGAACUAAUUACAACAUUAUCAAAGGGAUCAAUUCAGCAGUUAACCAAAUUUGUUAUCAUUGUAGCGCGCGCUCAAAGGAGUAAGCGUCAAUGUCUGCGUGACUAAGCUUAUAUUUUUUUUACCUCAUCGUUAUGUUUUUGUCUUGGAACUGAGAGAAAGUUUACUGAAGUCGCUUAAAAUAACAUUAAAAAAGAUUGUAAAAUCCAUAUUGAGGUGCCGAAAAACCAUUAAUUCACCAAAAAAUCCUUUAUGAAAGAAUUAACCUUCCAAAGAAUGUUUUCCACACGCCAUAGCCCGCACAGCUCGGGCAGAUAACAACAACAACAACAACAACAACAACAACACUCACCUACUAUCGGUUAACAAAUUCAAAAGUUUUCUCUUAAAUUUACGUUAUAAAACACAUGGUUAACGCUUCAUCGUGUGCUGUUGAGUUAUGGAUCCACUUGGGAGACGUCUCUGGAGGAUUGCUAAGCUCAGAAGAACUCGAGGUAUCGUUUAUUUUCGUCAUCAACGUUUUUAAUGGGAUUAUGAGGCACAAUCGCCCUAUUGAAUUUGAUUACGCGAAUAUUCUAGCUAUGUUAUAAAACAUUUGAGGACAUGCUUCCAACAGAACAAAAUGAAUCUAAUAAAUGUCGACUCGCUUUUAUUUUAGUUUGCUUUUAAUGAGUUUCCUGGUCGUGCUUUUUGCUUGAAUCUUUAACCUUAAAGUUGAAAUAAGUAAAACGUUAAUAAAGAUCAUUUCAUUACUGAGUUAACUGAACAUUUAUGUUACAUUUCCUACAACAUUUUCUUAUUAACAACUGAAUCAGUUCCGUCUUGUCAUCUGUUUUCUGUUUUGUAUUAGAACUUCACGGUCUUUCAAUUAAGAAAUGGUAAGCUUGCAGCAUGCCACCAUUGAAUUAUGGAUGCACGAAGGAGGUUGCCAAGCAAGAAAAAAGCGCAAGAGUUGUUCGAGGUGUAGCCGAGAGCGACUGACUAGCUUCCUGAAUGCUUAGCAAACCUCCUAAGUGUAUCCAUAACUCAACGUUUGCAUGCACAAUAGAGGAGUUCGCCAGUUUUACCGCGCUAGCUUUCCGUUGGCGUGCAGUCAUGGAAAAAUGGUAGAUGGCUAAUUGACCAAUCAGAGUGCGCGCUUUACUUUUGUUAUGUUAUAACAGAUAUCAAUGACUGUUAUCCCAACCCGUGUUUGAACGGCGCAACAUGCACGGACCAGCUGAAUAGUUACACGUGUUCUUGUGCACCUGGAUUUGAAGGGAUCAAUUGUUCUUUGAGUAAGUGUCUCAAGUAUUUGUCGUCCUCGUAAUUCUUUGAAUUUUACGGUGUGGGUAAAGAAGGGUGGACCGAGGUUUUUAAGUGACUUGGUUACCCUUUUUGACUUUAGAAGUUGGUUAAUCUACUUUUAAUACACUGAAGCAAUUUCACUAAAAAUUUUGGGACGUCGGAACAGCGCAGUCCGAGGUCAAUCGCUCCAAACUUCGUCUGAAUCACGUACUUUUCACAAAAGAGAGUGCGAGAGAGCGGAGGAGAAGAGACGAGACCGUAGGAAGUUAGAGUGAGUAACAUCGUACCACCUGAAACCCAUGCUAGUAAAUUAAAUUUAAAAGAUACUGUUGCGAACAGCAAACUACGAACGAACGUAUUUCGCUUACAAAGUUUUAUCGUCGAUCGCUAUCUUUAACAUUGACUCAUAACAGAGAUCUAGCUGUGGGCUAAAUACCAUGAACUUUAGGGAGAACGACAUUUAGAAUUUAUAUCCUGCAGCCUCCGCGUUCUAACCUGUGUCUGUUAUGUUGCCAACCCUGUACACGCUUUGUACAGCCUGUAUCAAGAUGGCAUACGGUUCAGGCUAGAAAACCAUUUAUAUAAUUUGAAUACGCCAUUUUUAAACAAAUUUUGGGCACCACUGAUUCUCUUCAACCAUGCUCUUUGAAUCAUUGACUGGCCUUAAAAGUUCUAAAAAUACGCCAUAUUUCCACGCUGGCGUUAUUUUACUACAGCUGCUAGAAUGAUUCGAAAUUUUGCUUUCUUGUGCAAAUUACGCCUAUUGUUUCUUAUAGACCUUGUGGGAUGACUAAAUUUGAAUAAAAAAGCCCACACAAAUUGGACUGGUAGUUGUGGUCAAAGUACACAUCACGGAGAUCGCCUAUUACAUAGUGAGUGGUCUUAAACGACUCACUUAAUCAGUGACACAUGUAAAACGCCCUUUUAUAGAUAUAUUGAAUAUUCCAUUAAGUGCUUGUGAUUUGACGUUCACAGGUUGCAACCAAAGCGAUGGGUGGCAAGGUUUCAAUAAAUACUGCUAUAAACUCACACAAGAUUUGAAAACAUGGAAUAAUGCUAUGACGGACUGCGUGGCGAUAGGCUCGAAUUUGGUGACCAUUCAUUCCGAAGCAGAACAAGACUUUGUUUGGUCAAUUAUCCCUGUCAACUUGCACAUAUGGAUGGGCGGAAACGACAUAGCUACCGAGGGAGACUGGGUAUGGGAAGAUGGUAAACCUUGGGGUGUUUACACGAAGUGGCAUCCUGGGGAACCAAAUGAUGCUAAUUACGCUGAGGACUGCCUAAUGAUGUAUGACGCUCACGGCAUGUGGAACGAUUUGGGUUGUGAUGGGCAACUGUCAUCCAUCUGUAAAAAAGGUAAUUUUCAAUUGUUAUUUCGAUAGGAAAAAAAUUUUAUUGGUUGGUUUCUUAUCGCUAUUUAGUCAAUGUUAGGGUUGGGAGUAUGGAGAUAUAAAGUACGGGUGAUUUUGGAUGCUAAUCAUUUGCAUGGGGGAAUGAUUUUGGACAUUUGGAAUUGGAAAUCAAAUGGUGUGGGAAACUCAAGAAUUUAGGUUGAAGCUUUUCUUUCUUUCUUUUUCUUUUGUCUCUUCAGCUGAUUGCUUACACGUUAUAGCGUCUCCUUUGACCUUAAAUGUCAAAUUUAGUCUUUGAAUGUUUUACCACGAGAUUUCAAAUAGGAUUCCUUCGAGUAAAUGUCUUAGUACAGUACCCCUCUAAUAAGACGGAACCUUAGUAGCACAGAAGGGAGCAGUUGCACCGUUGUUUUUAAAGUGGAAUGUCAUGAGUGUAAAGAAUGAUACACAAAUUAUCUUUAAUGCCGAAGACGUCAUGAAUCUCAUUCAGAUCAUGUUAUAGUCUAUUACUUUUAAGAUGCUAGUGCGCCUAGUGUAAGGAUUAUAUAUGUCCCGAGUACUUUGUUACGUCAUUACCUUUAUUUUGGCACAUGCAAGAAGUGUAAGACUUUUUCCACAACAGUAUCUUCGCUACUACUCUCAGCAUAGGAAGACCCUAAUCUAAAAUAAUAUACAGAGUAAUCGUCUGAAAGACACAAAGGCAAUUCCCAAUCUUCACCUGAAUCUUAAAAUGGACACCAAAGAUUGGCUCUCACCAUUUCUCAGCGUAUAUAUUCGGCUUCCAAUAAAAAAGGGUACCUGUCUAAUACAGACAGCAUGUGUCAGUCCAAACAAUGUCCUUUAAAUUAAGAAAGUUAAUUGUGUUGUUAGCUCAAAGUUCGUUCUCUCAAGUUGGCUUGAGCGUCCGGACAACGUAAAGAGCAGGAUCACCUAAUUAAAUAUGUCGUUAAGCCUGGGUAUAUUGUUCCACGAGCUUGUUUUGUUAUCACUUUACUACAAAUCACUUUACUUACACUUAGUCACUUACGAACACUUCAUUUCAUUCUAUUUUACUUUACGUUACUUGACAGGAUGUGAUAUGAAUGGCGGAUGGAUGAUGUUCAACAGUUUUUGUUACAAAUACAUUGCAAUCCUAAAAAAUUGGCAAGGUGCCAAAAGCUCUUGUGAUAGCUUGAAUUCGAAGUUGCUGACCGUUCACUCGCAAGCAGAGAAUGACUUUGCACACUCACUCAUCCCUGGGAACGGGCGACACAUAUGGGUAGGCGCAACCGACAUAGCAACGGAAGGAACCUGGGUGUGGGAGGACGGAAAAGCCUGGGGAAGUUACACAGGGUGGGCAACCGAUAGCUCAGAACCUAAUGGAGGUAGCUCUGAGAAUUGUGCAAUGAUG